AUAUGUAUUGACGUCUAUUGUAGAGUCAGUGAACAGUGGAUCGUCUUACAAUGUUUAUUCAAGAUUGAAGAUUAAUUAUUCACUUACGAUUUAUGAAAAUGACAUUAACCAAUAUCUUAAUUGAUUUUUCAAAGCAUCAACAAAUAUGAAGACAUUAAUUAUAUAAUACAAUAUUCUACACAACCUCUUUCCAACAUAUUUACCAUCUAAGAAAAUGGCUGCUGAGUUACCACGUGAUUUAGAUGGUUUUAUACCUCUAUUAUUGACUUCUGAUAUUCGAAUGAAGGUAACUGUAGGUUGUAAAUUAUUUACUUAUUUAGAAGAACCUAGUAAUUCAAUUGAAUGCUCAGAUAUUGGAAUCUUUAUUGAUGGGAUUGUUCAAUGGUUAUUAAAUAGCAAUCCUAAAGUUACUCAGUAUGGGAUUGAAAUAAUCACACAAUUAAUCAACAGAAUGAGAAUAAAUUUUAGACCUUACAUUUCUACCAUACUACCCAUAGCUAUUGAUCGAAUUGGUGAUAGUAAAGAACCAAUUAAAGUUAAAACACUUUUUCUCAUAAUGAAAUUAAUGGAAUGUAAUACCAUAAGCCCGCAAGCUUUAUUUGACAAAAUAUCAGUUAAUGCUUUUAAUCAUAAAAAUAGUUGCGUUAAAGAAGGAUCUAUGAAAUUAUUAUUGUUAACUAUUGAAGAAUUUGGUGUAAAUUGUAUUACAAUAUCUAAAAUUAUACCCAUGAUUAUAAAACUUUUAAGUGAUCCUAAUGUUCAAGUGAGACAAAAAGCAUUUGAAACACUUGUUGAUUUGUAUAAGCAUGUCGGGGAAAAGUUACGUAUUGAUAUUCAAAAAAAUUAUUCAAUUCCUCAAAACAAAAUGACAGACUUGAUGAAUAAAUUUGAUGAAGUUAAAUUAACUACAAAUUUAUUACCAACUACUUCUGUGGGGUUUUUUUCAACUAAUGAUGAUGAGCCUGAUCGGGCUUGCACAUUUACACCUAAAUAUGUUGUUAGUAAUAUUAAAAGACCAGUUUCAUUUUUACCUCUAAAAUCAAAUUCUACUUCACCAUUACAACAGGUUGAUUUUGUACGAAAAUCUACAUCAUCAUCAGCAUUAUCUGUUUCACAUGCAUGUGGAGUUGAUGAAGAUACUUUUAUUCGGUCUUUUGAAGACGUUCCUACAUUAAGCAUUUAUAGUAUACGAGAUUUAGAUGACACUAUGAAAAAGAUACAUGAAUCUAUUCAAGAUAGUAAUGAACAAUGGAAUAAACGUGUUGACUCAUUAAAGAAGAUAAGAUCACUUGUAUUAAUUGGAGCAACAAAAUAUGAAGAGUUUUUCAAUAAUUUGAGAUAUUUAGAACAUUCUUUCCAAAUAUCUAUUAAAGAUUUGAGAUCUCAGGUUAUUAGAGAAACAUGUAUUACUAUAGCAUUUUUAUCCCAACGUUUGGGUAAUAAAUUUAACCAUUUUUCAGAAUCCAUUUUUAGCAAUUUAAUUGAUCUCAUACAAAAUUCAGCAAAAGUAACUGCUUCAUCUGGAUUAGUUGCUAUCCGAUUCAUUCUAGAAUAUACUCAUGCUCCUCGUAUUAUACCUAUUCUUGCAAAUAGUUUGGGAUCAAAGUCAAAAGAUAUUCGUCGUGCAUGUUGUGAAUUUUUUGAUCAAAUUCUGCGUAAAUGGCCAACUCAAGCAAUAGAAAGACAUUUAACUAUACUACAAGAUUGCAUUAAAAAGGGUAUUGCUGAUGCUGAUUCAAGUGCUCGGAUGUUAUCUAGAAAAGCUUAUUGGGGAUUUUGCAAACAUUUUCCUGAGCAUGGAGAAAUAUUAUUAAAUAAGUUGGAGCCAGCAUAUCGUAAAAUAUUAUUGACAAGUUCUGAAUCAAAUUCGUGUUUAUCAAAAUCUGUAACAGUUGAAAGUACAAAAUUGAAUUAUCAUCGUCCUUCUUCUUCACAUAGUAAUAUAUCUGUAAGAUCAAGAAGUGCCAUAGACUUACAAACUGCUAAAAGUUCAAAAGCACAUACUCAAAAUUCAACACUUGUUAAACAAAAAUUCAACCCCAUGGUGUCUAAUCAAUCAGUUACUAAGAAGGGUAAUGAAAAUUUAUACCAAACAAACAGAGAGAGAAGAUCAAGAGUUCGAGUAUCACUUUCUCAAACAGCUAGUCGUUCUGGAUCACCAUCUUCAAAAUUAAAUUUUGUUCAAACAAAUUCACAUAAAACUACUUCUGGUAUACCCAAAUCUCGAGAUACUAGUAGAGAAAUUAGUCCUAAUAGAUUUAAUGUUCAUGAUUCACACAUGAAUAGUAAAGAACCACCUAGUUUGAUUAAACCCAGACUAAUAAUGGCACAAAAGAUAUUAGUACAAAGUCAAGAAGCUGAGUCUGUUAUUACUGAUGCUUUAAGUAACAAAAAUUGUUAUAAGUCUCCAAGAAAAGUAUUAGAGAGAUUAUUUGAUGAUUAUAAUGAUGAUAGUGAGACAUCUAGUGUUUGUUCUGAACGCAAAAUUGACUAUCGUAAGCGAUUUUCAGAUUCAUUUUACUUAAAUAGAUCACAAUGUGGCCAACAUAAAGAAAUUUGGAAAAACUCUAGUUUGAAAUGUUUAAAUAUUGAAGAUAUAAUAUCAAGGUGUGAAAGUUCAAACUGGAAUAAUCGCAAGGAAGGCUUAUUAAGUUUACAAAAAUAUUUUCAACAAGGAAAUAUUAUGAGUAAAUUAUUACUAACAAAAAUAACAGAGGUGUUUACUAAAAUGAUUAUGGAUUCUCAAACCAAAGCCAUAAGUCUCUUUCUAGAUGUACUUAAUGAGUUAAUUAUUACCCAUAGUCAAUAUUUAGAAUAUUGGUUAUAUACACUUUUAGUCAAGUUAUUCAAUAAAGGAGGCUCUGAUAUACUUAAUUCUGUACAUUCAAAAAUAUUGAAAACAUUGGAAAUUAUAAGAUCAUCUUUCCCUUGUGAUUUGCAGCUAACUGCUGUGUUUAAAUUUCUUACAGACCCUACACAAACACCUAAUAUUAAAAUUAAAAUAUUUGCCAUGAGUUAUAUCUCACAAUUAGCUGUCAAUGCAGACUCAAGGUCAAUUUUUCUUUCUGUUGUAAAUGACAAAAAAGAUUAUGCUACUUUAGCAUUGAUAAAAAUGAUUGGAUGGACUAUGUGUAAUAAUAAUAUAAAACAAGGGCCCGAAUUGAGACGUGCAUCUCAGGAAGCUAUACUAGCUUUGUAUAGUUUAAAUGCAUCUCAAAUCACAUUGCGAUUAUCCCAGUUACCGGAAGAGUAUCAAGAGAUAUUUUCUAGACUCUUGAAAAUUAAAGUAAGAAGAAGUAGUAUUGAUCAAAUUACGUCUCUAAAUUAUAGUGGCCAGAUAUCAACAAAUCUAGCUUCACCACCUUUACAACCUGACACCAUUGAUAUUUUUAAUUUGAAAGAAAUACAUAAGUCAUUUAAACAAUCUACUGGUAAAGUUCAAAAGUGCUGUUUAAAAUAUCAUUAUCCUGAGGAGAUGAGUGCUGAUUCAUAUGAAUCUAGAGAAAAUAAUUCAUCUAUACAUAUUGAAACUAAUAGUCAUAAUUUAAAUAGUUUCAGUAAUAGCCAUACUACAGUAGAUGGUGGAAUCAUACAAAUUCUUGAUGAUUUAGAUAAAGAUACUCUGCAGUUUCACGAUAAACAAUCAAUUUUGAUUCAUCUAAAAGAAUUAAUAAAAUAUGAUUAUUCUUCUUGUAAACUUAUAAAUAAUAUCGAAAAAAUGAUUAAAGUUAUUUUUAAGUUAUUAAUAGACACUGAACCAACUAUACGAGAACAUACAAUGACUUUGGUAAUGUAUUUAGUUCAAAAAUCUGAAGUAGUUGUCUAUUUUCACGACUAUACUGAGUUGAUUAUAUUGAAAAUAAUAAAUAUGUGCUGUGAUUCAUAUAAAUCUGUUGUUAAAGUUGCAGAAGAAUGUUUAAUUACUUUGAGUGUAUCUUUACACAUAGAAACAGUUGUGAAAAUAAUAACACCUUUAAUAUUGGCAAAAGAAUUUCCAGUCAAUUUGAUUGCAAUUAGAAUGAUGACAAAAAUUAUUGAUACAUAUGGCAGUCCACCUAUAAUUGAUAAAAUAAAAGACAUUAUGUCUGGUCUAUUGCAAAGCUAUGAUAAUCCUGAUAGUGCAGUCCGUAAGUCAGCUGUAUUCUGUAUGGUCUCAUUAUAUAAAGUAUUUGGUUCACAAGAAUUUAUACCUCAUAUUUCAAGUCUAAACGGCGCAAAACUCAAAUUAUUAAAUUUAUACAUUGAACGUUCUCAACAGUCCAUCAAGAUCAAUUAAUUUUAUU